AGAGACGUUUUCUUAUCAUAAGCAAAGAAGAGGUGGGGAGUUAGUUAGUUUAGUUGGGUGAGGGAAAGAGAAGCCACUUCCAAUUUCACACACACACAGCAACACACUGCACUGUGUGGAAAGUAAGCAUGGCAAGAGUGGUGGCACUCCAACAGAACCAACUAUCUUUCUCUCCCUUAGCUUCCUCUCUUUCUGACUUCAGUGGAACCAGACUUCAAACUCAACUUCAGUUCAAGAGAAAACUAUGCCAUCCAAAAGGGUCUUUCUACGUCUCGGCAUCGAGCACCAAGAAAAUCCUAAUAAUGGGAGGCACCAGGUUUAUUGGUGUGUUUUUAUCUAGGCUCCUUGUUAAAGAGGGUCACCAGGUGACUUUAUUCACAAGAGGUAAAGCGCCUGUCACUCAACAGUUGCCAGGUGAAUCAGACAAUGAUUAUGCUGAUUUUUCUUCCAAGAUCUUGCAUUUGAAAGGAGACAGGAAGGACUUUGACUUUGUAAAAUCCAGUCUCUCGGCAGAGGGAUUUGAUGUUGUUUAUGACAUAAAUGGACGUGAGGCAGAUGAAGUUGAGCCCAUACUGGAUGCGCUGCCUAAUCUGGAACAGUUUAUUUACUGCUCUUCUGCUGGUGUCUAUCUCAAAUCUGAUCUAUUACCUCAUGCAGAGACAGAUGCAGUUGAUCCUAAGAGCAGACACAAGGGAAAGCUUGAGACAGAGAGUUUGCUGCAAGCAAGGGGUGUUAAUUGGACUUCUAUAAGGCCAGUCUAUAUCUAUGGACCCUUGAACUACAACCCUGUUGAAGAGUGGUUCUUCCAUAGAUUGAAAGCCGGACGCCCAAUUCCUAUCCCCAGCUCAGGACUACAGAUAACCCAACUUGGUCAUGUUAAGGAUUUGGCGACAGCUUUUAUCCAAGUUCUUGGUAAUGAGAAGGCCAGCAAGGAAGUAUUCAACAUCUCGGGAGAGAAGUAUGUCACGUUUGACGGAUUAGCAAGAGCAUGUGCUAAGGCUGGUGGGUUCCCAGAGCCAGAGAUCAUUCACUACAACCCUAAAGAUUUUGACUUUGGGAAAAAGAAAUCAUUUCCAUUCCGUGACCAGCAUUUCUUUGCAUCAAUUGAGAAAGCAAAGAGAGUGCUUGGGUGGGAACCUGAAUUUGGGCUUGUAGAGGGUCUUGCAGACUCGUACAACCUGGACUUUGGUAGAGGAACAUACCGGAAAGAGGCUGAUUUCUCAACAGAUGACAUAAUUCUUGGAAAGAGUCUUGUUAGUGUAUAAACUUUUCUAUUUCAAUUUUCAGUAUUUCACUUAUAUGUAGAAAAGCUGUUCGGAUUUUCUACAUUAGGAAGUUGUGAAAUAUUCAUGAGCUUUUCGUUCAGUAUUUUUAAAAUAUAUAUAUAAUAAAUUGUCUUAUGCUGAUA